AUGAAAACGAAAAAAACUUCGUUCAUAGUUAUUUGUACACUAUUCCUUAUCGAGGAAUUUUGUUGUGUGCAAAAGAAAAGAAUUCCCAACAUUCUAUUUUACCAAACGAAAAAAUGCAUACGAAAUUGUAACAUCCUUAAAAGGAGGAACAACAUUGAGAACGUAAAUUUUCUGAACAAAGUUUCGUCGUCUCAGCUUAAAAAAUUUUACUAUCUUUACCUUCACGGAAAUGUCAUUACUUAUUUUCAACCAAGGGUAUUACAUAGUCGAUGUCAAUCCUAUGGAUCAGCAUCGUUAAGACAUAGUCGCGAGAUAUGGGCCCCUCAUGUGAUAAAAUUGUACGCAACAAGGGGCAGAAGCGUAGGAAACACUGAAAAAAACAUGAAAUGCAAAGAAAAUGAAAAAGAGAUAAAAAGUAAAGUAAAAAGAGAACGGAAACUUAGAAAAGGGAAGAAAACAUCCCCCACUGAAAUUAAAGGUGGGAAUGAUGGGGAAGAUAGGAAAGAGGUUGAAGCGCUCGAGGACAUAUCCAAUUGUGAAAUUUUAGAAGAUGAGGACAAAAAAUUGAAUAAUAAGAAGAAGAGGGGUAAAGCGGCCAAAAGGGAAACAAUGGGAGAAGUAUUAGGGGAAGCCGAAAAGAAAACAAAAGAUAAAUCCAAAGGGAGUACCAAAAAGAGCACCAAAAGGAGUGCCAAAAAGAGCACCAAAAGGAGUGCCAAAGAGGGAGAAGGCACGGAGGGGGGAACCCCGGCUAGCAGAACGGCACCUGUCAAUCGAGCCUCAGAACAAAUGGAAAUUCCAUUUGAAGAACCAAGUGAAGACGAAAUUUACAAAGAGACUGAUGAAUAUUUCAGGAACGAGUUUAUCAUAGAGGAUACAAAAGAUGAUGAAGACAUAAUAGAGGCAAAAAGGGGAAGUCAAAAGGGGAUGAAAUCCAUAGAAACAAAAGAGGAUAAGGAAGGAGACAAUGAACCUGCUGGCAAGGAAAAUCUCAAUCCACAGGAAGAGGAAGAAAAAAUGGAAAGAAAGCGAAAAAUUGAAUUCAUUAAAAGAGUAGAAUUUCUCCUACAGGAAGACGAGAAAAAUGAAAAAUUAUUUGAAGAAAGGGAAGAUAUUGAAAAAUUGCGAUUUGGGGAAAAACCUCCACCUGGAAGUGAAGAAUUAAUGCAAAUGAUUUUAAAAAAUGUUCAUGAUGAAAAUUUUCGAAAACAGAAUGAUACAUGGGAUUUAAAGAAAAAACAUCUUUUUUAUGAACUGUUCAGAAUUAGCAAUUCGAAUAGUUUCAAGACACAUAAAAUAUACACACAUGAUGACUUAAUACAUGGAAUGAAGUACAGAAAAUUGGGAGAAAGUAAUUUAUGUGUAAGUGAAAUUUGCAUAGGGACGAAUAUGUACGAAAAUGAGAAUUUUAUAAGCGCAGAUGAUGUUAAUGUUUUGUUAAAUAUGGCUUUUUAUGAAUAUGGAAUAAAUUUUUUUGAUAUUUGUGAAUAUGAUCCAUUUCCACAUGACCCAAUUAGCUACAAAAAAGGAAAAAAUAAAAAUAUGAAUUUAUUUCUCAAAAAUAAGAAAAGAGAAAAUAUCGUCAUAAAUUUACGAAUGUGUUCAUCAAGAAAUGUGGAUAAAAUUACCAAUGGAGAAUAUUAUUUAAGCUGGAUCAUGGAAGAUCUAAAGGAUGAUGUACCAAAUUUUUACAACAUAGAGGAAAGAUUAGAUAAAAUUCUGAAAAAUUUAAAUACAAAUUAUGUGGAUAUUUUAACCAUCGAUUUACCUGAACGGUAUAUACCCAAUGGUGGAAAAGGGGAAGACACAUACAUAUGGGGUUUUGAAAAUUUGAAUUCUCAACAAAAUGAAGAAAAGAAAGAAAACAUAUUAUCUAUAGAAGAACAGUUUGAUAUAUUAGAGAAAUUAAUUCUUAAAGGAAAAGUUCGACAUAUUGCUGUUUCGAAUGAAUCUGUUUGGGGAGUAUACCAAUGGUGUAAUUUGGCAAAAAAAAAAAAAAAAAAAUAUAUGAAAAUUGUGUGUACACAAAACUUGUACAAUUUAUUACAUCGAAAUGAAGUAGAAUCAUCAGGACUUGUAGAAAUGAUAUUGAAAGAAAAUUAUAAUGUACCGUUAGUACCUUAUGGACUAUUAGCUGGAGGAAUAUUAACAGGGAAAUAUUUAGAUCCAGAGAGAUAUCACACUAUGGGUCCAGAUACCGUACUAGGUGAUGAUCAACUUGAUCAUGAUUUGGAUGAUUCUAGAGGAAAUUUAGCUGAAGAUUAUGGUUAUUUAUCAUAUGGUCCAAGAAAUGGUAGAUGUAACAAGUAUCCCCAUUUGUACAAAUCACAUAGAUGUGUAUGGGCUCAAGAUGCCACUGCAGAAUAUAUGAAAUUAGCUAGAUCUCACGGCAUGUCCCUAGCUCAAUUAAGCUUAAGUUUUGUUUAUAGUAGACCAUUUGUAGCCUCCUCCAUUAUAGGUCCUAGAACGAUAGGACAGUUAAAAGAUUCUGUCCUCUGUCUCAACUAUCCAAUGUAUCAACAUACAGAAUGUGACAUACAUGAAAUAUUUUUGCGAUAUAGAGGGUGCACUAUGGAUGGUAAUACAAUUCUUAAUAGUCUAGAGGAUCCAAACAAAACUAGCCAAACUGCAUUUUACAAAAGUGCAAAUAUACCCAUAUUAAGUGGAGGAACCCACUGGAAUAAUUAUCCUUUACCCUUCUUAAUGAAGAAAUAUGAGUACACAGAUCUGAAAGAAGAACAUGAUAGAAUGAAAUCAACUUUUGGAUUAAAUGACGAACCGAAUGAUUCAAAUUUUAUCAGUUCACGUAUAUGGGUUGAACGAGAAAAAAAAAAGGGAGAAUAUUUUGCACUCAAAGAGAGUGUAUUAUUUGAAUGGGACAAAUAUAAGAUAUACAAGGGAGUAAUGACCAAAUUAAGUGAUAAAGAAAAAUAUAUAUACGAUACAUCUGAUUUUCAUUUUUAUUUCAAAAAUAACACCAUAUCAGUGGUUCCAACUGAUGAAGAAAUAUCGAAUUUUUAUCAAAACAAAGAAAAAAUUAAAAAAAUUAUUAAUCAAACUAUAAAUGAUUGUCAAGAGUUAUAUCAAUAUCAAGAACAGUUAGGUCAAGAUAUGCCAGACAUUUUCAACAAUCUGAAUAUUGAUUUAAUUUAUAAGCAGCUUUUAAACAGACACAAUAUAAAUCCCCUUGAUAAAAACGAGCUAAAUUCCAUAUAUCAAUACAUCAAGUUAACUCCUUCAGAGAUAAAAACUGAGGAUUUCUGGUACAUCUAUAACUAUAAUCCGUUAGACACAUCAUUUGCUGUUCGCACGGGUACCGAGCCGUGA